GAUUACCAUAGAUCACGCGCUUUCGUAUCAUCGACGACGAUCUGGGGUUAUUGAGAAUGUCUCGGCCAAGCACGCCAUUCGAUGGCAUUGCUCUCGAUUCAUUCAUUCCGUCCACGGAUCAGCAGCAGCUUCUCAGUCAAGCUCAGCUGGAAGGUCUCUUUAGAUCGAACGAAGCGGACCAGCAUCUUUUCUCACCCAACAAUAACGAGGUGCUCCACCAUUUGGACUCACCAUUCGACAACACUUCAUUCACACAGUUCGAUUCGUCAAACCCGUCGACAAUCUCUACGCCAGACUUCUCCACUUACAGUUUCGGUCAAAUCUCAUCAGCAUACUUGACCCCCGGUCAAAAUUCUCCACAACCGUACCCCCUCGACAUUCAGCAAACCCACCAAGCAAACGCUACUCCGAAUAUCCAAGAUUACCGUCAACGUCCUCUACCGAUCCGUGGGCACACAAAUACUACGUUCCUUCGUUCUGCGCAACCCUCGCCAACAUAUAUCCGCCGCCGUUCGCUCAGUCACGGAGAUGUAGACCGUCUCGCUUCCGCUCCUCCGAACCCAACGUUCGUCCGCCUCCAGGCACCACGUGUGAGGUCUACAACACCAGAAGACACGAGGGUGGGUCCAUAUGCCAAACAUAGAAGGAGUGCUAGCCAGGGUCCUGGCGUGAGAGGCCGGCCCUUAAAACCGACGAGCAUACCCUACGUUCUAAGUGGAGGCUCGUUUGUGGGCGGGAUGAUGUCGACACGUAUUGGGACGCCGUUGGACAUGCUUAGAGAGCCAAAAAGUGCGGCAAAGCUCGACCAAGGUUCUUUCUCGCAUAAGCAUUAUAGGUCGGCUCACGGCCUACCGAUGACGCUCGGUGACCCGAUAUUCGAGCACAUGACCCAACCCGACGACCUUGCGAGGAGCAGACAAAUCAUUCAGAUUGGCGCUAUGGCCGUGGUGAAUCGCUCGACACUGGACCCGAGACUUGAGCAAGAGAACGAGCCAAACAAGCCAGAAUGUAUGCUGGAGAAGCUACAAAAUGUCGAGCAACAUCUUCAGGAAAUGAAUGGCGAUGAAGCGGCGCUGAAGGCAUGCACUGUGAUCCGCGAGGCGCUGGUCCAGAAGACGGGGAACAACGAAGGAGUUGGAAAGGUCGAGGACGAUGAUGAGGAUGAUCUCGAAGCACCUAGCAAGGCUCUCUCGUCAGCAGAAUACGGGCUUUACAAUAGUGCUGGCGACGACAGUGAUCUUCUGGCGAUAUUAGCGAAGGAGAACAAUCGCCUGGACUAUUCCGACGGGGAGGAUCUAUAG